CCAUUCUUCACAUUUUGCUGUUGUUUGAUUUCUCAUUGAGUUAUUGAGUUUGCACAAUGGGCUUGUGCGAGGAGUAUAAUAGAGCUACAGAAUCAGACCCUUAGUUCAGACAGGUGAUUUUAAUAUCCACGUCCGCUUCAACAUUCUGCUCGUGAAUUAGCAAUUAUUUUGGUGGAAAAAAAUACUGUGCUAUCAGUGGCGAACAUGACCACUGACUGCCUUCAUCUCGCAUAUAUAGGUUAUGAUAUUUGUUAACAUUUGCUAUCAAUUAACUAUUGGAUAUAUAAUUUGUGAAGGUGGUGUCAUUUCUUUUCCAUGUUUAUGUAAGAUGGCAUGUCAAGUUUGAUGCCUGCUCAUAUUUUGAUUUUACUGCGCAUUUAUCCAGCCUUUGUUCUUAUACGGGAUACACACACACAAGCAGAAUCACAAUCACAAUUACGCAGAUGCAAAAUUUUAUAGAAAUUUGUACACGGAUGGAAGAAUGGAAUACAAUACUUUCCAAUUCUGCAUGAAGUUAAGGAUUGAACAACAUAGUGCUUUUUCAUUAUUUUUAGCAUCACCAGACGUUUUCAUGCCAUAUCACUCUGUUAUACAAUUAUAUGGUAAGGUGAUGAUUGUCAAUGUAGUGGAUAUCAGAAACAGAGAACUAAACUAGCCAAUGAGAGAGCUGAAAAAAGUGAAAAGACGCAUCAGUUAUGUAAAACAUAAGGAUGUGAAAAUCUAUGUGUGGAAUAUGAGAUUAUGGAGUGCUGCAGUCCCAUAAAAAAACUAUCUGAUACUCUAUUGAUAACCAUUGUUUAAAAAAGCUUUUUUGAGCCUUGCGCUUUGAAACCCAUCUCACUUGAGGCUAUUGUGAAACACCUCAAAACCCGCCCUUUGAGUGCCAUUAGCGAGGCUUACGCUUCAGGGUCGUUGUGUCAUCUUUUUUUUGGCAUUAUGUCACUGCCCUCAAGUCUUUGAGCUAUUUCUUUACAGCCUACAACAUUUUAUGGGUGCUUCCAUUGUUUCUUAAUGCCUUGGAAGGGGAAGCAGAAGGAGAAUGCAACAAGUGGAGGAUGGUACAAAAGAAUGAGUAAAAAUAGAGAGUGAUGGAGGAUGACGAGGGAACCAAAUAAAUGAUUCUCAUAAGGAUUGUAUUGAUUCUGUGGUGGUACAAUUUUGUUGUGUUAUCAUGGGGCGGGCAGCUUAUUAAAUUGGUAUUCUUUUUAAACCUGGUCAUAGAAAUUUACUAAAAAUCCUCGUUUGUCACGAGGACCUUCUACUUUCAUAUUUUUAUCAUUAAUUCCUUUAUUUUUGGCCAGGGAGGAGUGCCCAUAUUAUUUUUUGUGCUGUUUGACUAGCGAUCCUGGGCAUCUGAUUUUGAUUUUAUUUUGUAAUUCGAGUUUUCUGCAGAACUUUACACAAAAAAGAUGUUUGAGCUGCUGGUUUCUGCUUAUUCUACAAUAAGCACACAAGAUACAGCUCUUUUCCUCGGACUGAAUGCUGAUGAUGCUGCAAACUAUACGCUACAACGUGGUUGGACCUUGGAUCCCUCCUCUCAAAUGCUAACCGUGAAGAAGCAGGCUGUUGCAACAGAGCAGAAACUGGAUUCCAGUAAAUUACAGCGCUUGACGGAAUACGUUUUCAAUCUUGAGCAUUAAUCCUUUACACUCAGUUAUAUAUAUCAGUUCCGAUCAGCUCUGGACGAUGUAAAAUGAUAUCUAGUUUUUGUUCCAAAACCUUGAGUUGUUUCAUCAGUCUUCACUGUUAUCGUUAAUCAAGCCAAUGAGCACCUGCUCGAAUACGUUAUAAAUGUAAAAUGAUAUCUAGUUUUUGUUCCAAAACCUUGAGUUGUUUCAUCAGUCUUCACUGUUAUCGUUAAUCAAGCCAAUGAGCACCUGCUCGAAUACGUUAUAAAUGUAAAAUGAUAUCUAGUUUUUGUUCCAAAACCUUGAGUUGUUUCAUCA